GUAACCUCAGCGCUUCCUCCAAGCAGGGUGCCUUUUGCUCCAAGCAGGGGCUGCGCUGAAGGAUGCUGCCCUGAUACCUCUGUGCCUUUUCCCGGGUGGUCGCCGUGGUCCCAGCGAUGGCUGUGUCUCCCGGAGGGAUCCCUGUUGAGCUGCAAGAGGGCAUCACUGCCUUCCUGGGGACAAAGAAGAUCCUCCUGGUCAAGAAAGUCCAGCUGCAGGUGAAAUCCAAGUACGACGACUACAUCUUGGUGCUGACCCCCUGGCGAGCCUACAUGCUGCUGGUGAUGCUGCCAGUGAGGGUGCACAGCAGUUUCAGCUUUCUGGAGGUGCGGGAGAUCACAGUGCAAGAGCCCAGCCUGGUUGUCAUAGAAACAGACACAUCUUCUUAUGCCUUCCGGCUUAUGUCAUUUGAUGAUUUGGAGCAAGUUGUCAUCCAUGUCACCAUGUCACUUAAGAAGGUCUUUCCAGACUCGUCCCCUGGAACACUGCUCAAGAACUCACCCCCCAACCUGUACGAGAGGAUCCGGAGGAUCACAGACUCUCUGGAGGAAAUGUUGCAGAGCAACCAAGGGCCUUGCGGUGGGUUUUCAGAGACAUAUGCUGCUUUAUGUGAUUACAAUGGUUUUACCUUCCGUGAGGAGAUCCAGUGGGAUGUGGACAACAUCUACCACAGCCAAGACUGCCGGGAGUUCAACCUGCUGGAUUUCAGCCACCUGGAGAGCCGAGACGUGGCACUGAGCGUUGCUGCCUUGUCCUUCAACCUGUGGUUCACAAAGCUCUACUGCAAGGACUUCAGACUGAACCUGGAGAUUUCAGAGCAACUCCUGUAUAUGCUCAGCAAAUCAGUGACACUGGAGGAGCUGGUGCUGGAAAACAGUGGGCUAAAAUCUGACUUUGCUCAGAGGAUGGCCCAGGCACUCAGCAGACAUCCUGACUCUGUGCUACACACCAUCAAUCUUGCUGGCAACCAGCUGGAAGACAGAGGGAUAAUUGCCUUCAGCCGGCACUUUGAGAAGAGGCCCAAGGGCCUGCGGAGCCUCAACUUGGCCAGGACAUCGCUCACUGCUAAAGGAAUGAGCACACUAUGCCAGGCCCUAGCAGCUAAUGAAGCCAUCGGCUCUUCCCUCCGGCACUUGGACCUCUCCGGAAACCCCAGCACCCUGGCCAUGGACGACACUAGUAGUUUGCAGAGCCUCCUCUGCCGGUGCGACUCACUCUCCCACCUCAGCCUGUCUGGCACUGACUGCUCUUUAGACACUCUCUUUGGAGCACUGGCCCAUGGAUGUUGCACCAGCCUUGUCCAUCUGGAUCUCUCCAAAAAUGUGUACUCACACAAAAGAAUGAAAGAUGUGUCUCCUGCCAUCAAGCAAUUUUUCAGCAAGGCCUGUGCCCUCAGGCAUGUCUCAUUGGCAGGUACCAAGCUGCCUCCAGAUGCUGUAAGGGCUUUGCUGCAAGGGCUGGCGUACAACAGUUGCAUCAGUGACCUGCACCUGGAUCUUAGCAGCUGUGAGCUGAGAUCAGCGGGGGCCCAAGUCAUCCAGGAUCUCAUCUCUGAUGCCAAUUCCGUCAGUGACCUGGAUUUGUCCGACAAUGGUUUUGACUCUGAUAUGGUGACACUGGUGCUGUCCAUUGGCAGAAGCAAGUCCAUUAGGCAUGUCUCUUUGGGGAAAAACUUUAACAUCAAAUCCAAAGAUGGGCUCUUGGAUGUCCUGCACCGCAUUGUCCAAAUCACCCAAGAAGAUGACUGUACGCUCCAGUCCCUGUCAGUGGCUGAGUCGCGCCUCAAGCUGGGAACCAACGUCCUGCUCAGUGCCCUGGGCAGUAACACCAGCCUCAUUGCUCUUGACAUCAGUGGCAACGCCAUGGGAGACACUGGUGCCAAGAUGCUAGCCAAAGCCCUGCAAAUCAACACGAAGCUCAGGACUGUGGUUUGGGACAGGAACAACACAACUGGCCAUGGACUCCUGGAGGUGGCUCAAGCCUUGGAGAGGAACUACACCCUCAAGUCUAUGCCGCUGCCAAUGAAUGAUGUGGUGCAGGCGUAUCGGAGCAACCCCGAGAAAACAGAGGAGGCGGUGCACAAGAUCCAGUCCUGCCUGACAAGGAACCAAAUGCGGCGCACGCUGCCCACACAAACCUUCCGGCUGCAGCAGGGCAUCCUGACCACCUCUUCUGAACAGAUGGUGAAUGAAAUCUGCCUCAGCGUGCAGAAGCAUGUUGACAUCCUGAGCUCCUGCCUGGGCAGGGAGGUGGAGGCCAACAUCCUCUUUGCAGAGGAAGCCAUCAAGAAUGCCAACCUGUCUGUCAGUAUUUUGCCUCUGUUGUAUGAAGCAGGAAACACCCCGUACCAAAACGGCAAGCUGCAGCAUAGGAUGGAGUGUCUCACAGAGGAAGCGUCCCAGGCCUGCGGCCGGGAAAUCCAGGCAAUCAUGCAGGCAGUGCUGGACACAGUGCACAACCUGUGCCCGGCUAUGGUACAGAAGAGAGGAGUCAGGGACCAGCUGGUCAAUGCCAUGUCAGAGUGCAUCUACCUCCAGGACCACCUCAACCUCAGUUCCGUCCUGGAUCAGAUGGUCACCGAUGUCUUCAGCAAGCUGAAUGAAAUCAAGCUGUCUGUCACAGCGGCUGUGGCUGACUGCAUUGUGGAUGCCGUGCUGGGAGACCUGACUGUUGCCCAGUGCAAGCUGGCAGAGAGCCUCCCCAAGCACGGGCUGGACCUCCCAUCGCUGCAGCUGGAGUCCAUUGAAGACGAUGCCGCCAUGCCAAUGAGGGGCAGAAAUCCUCUGGAUAUCGCUGAGAAAGGCUUCGCUGUGGAAGAGUACAAGACGGCUCUACGGAGGAAAAACAAGCAUUUCAGGAGCAUUCGGCCCACACCAACCGUGAGAAGUCUCUCGGAGCUGGAGCUGCAGGCAAGCAGGGACGCAAGCGGGCUCCAAGCGCACCGGGCGCCGCUGUCACUCAGCCCCGCGGCGCCGAAGGCACGCCCUGCCUCCACAAAGGAUGCUGAGCCUGCGAGCAGCUUGCUCCCUCGCAUGCAGCCCGCAUCCGCCGAAUCCCUUAUGGACCUACCAACCGAGGGGGAGAAGCUGGAGCACUGCACCAAAGCUAGGCCCCGGCCCAACCGCAGGCACAAGCAGCCUCCAAGCAAGCCAAAUGUGCAGCCCGUGGCCCGUGAGAACAGUGAGGACAGGAGCAUCACCCGUGUGGACGAGGGCCUUGAGGACUUCUUCACCAAGAAGCUCAUCACAGAGGAGCUGCUCCCCACGGCACUGGAGACCUGCCCUGGAUCAGCCCUUCUGGCAUCCUCUGGCUCUCGCACCCUCAAGAAGAAAAUUGGGAACUUUUUUGCAUUCAAGAAGCCCAAGUCCAGCCGGGGCUCAAGGAUCAGGCCCAAGUACUCACGGGAGGGCAAGUCCCAGUCACUCAUAUUGCUGUCCGGGGAGGAUGAGGACACGCUCGGGGUCAGGCACGACAAGAAGAGGCAGCUGGAGAAGAGUGAUGGGGAGCUGCCCAAUUCCUUCGAGCAACGUGUGCACAUCAUGCUCCACCGCAUGGGUGUCACGAAGGGACUGGCCGCCGAGGGCAAGAAGCAACAGAACAAAGACAGCGAGAUCAAGAAAGCCGGUUCAGAUGGGGACAUUGUGGACAGCUCUGCAGACUCGCCGCCCCCCUCCCUGAAGGUGCGCACACACUCCGUGUCCACAGACACAUCCUUACGGAGCAGCCCGGCCAACAUGGUGGAGCCCAGCGUAGGCCCUGCUGCUCCCAGGCCAGCCUGGAAAGCCCUGGGGAAGCAGCUGAAUGCGGAGCUGAAGGGGAAGAGCUCAGACCUGCCCCGGCGCUCCCUCCCCAUCCCCGAACAGAGCGGGCAGCUGGAGCCGACAGGCCGGGAGGGUUGGAGCAGCAGCCUGCCGCGGCUCGGGAGAAGCACGCCAACGGCACUGCUGCGGAGAGUCAGCCACGGCGGGGAGCCAGGCACGAGCACCGCCCCGCCGAACCUGCCAGCACCCCCCGACGCUGAAGACAAUCGCCUGACGCCACGGCUGGCUGCGCUGAGCGGGACCAGCCGCAGAGCUGUCUCCGUCCACGAGGACCAGCUCAGGGAGCCAGACAGCCUGACGGAGCUGGAGAACGUAAUGAUCCCCCUUCGUCUGCGGCGGUCACCUGUGCUGAAACGGAGGAACAAACGCAAUUCCCUUGCAGACCCAGAGGUGACCAGCGAGCCCAGCCCAUGCUUGGACACCACAGACGCCGUGGUGCGGGACCAGCCCGGCGCUGAGGACACGCCAGAGGAGCUGCAGCCUGGAGCAGAAGCAAAAGAAGACCAGCCACAAGCUGCGGCACAAACUGUUGUGAAUGCACAAGACUCAACCCUAGACCAAAGAAGCCCGGUGCUGGGCCAGGGGGAGCCAGCCCUGGGACAGUGAGCCCCUGCAUGCUGCCGCACUGUUUCCAAUAAAACCCUGCAAGCAAGCGCACAGUGACAGGGUGAUUAGCAACGCAGCUUGGGCACAGAGCACAGGGAAAGGGCGCAGAGCACCCCAGGCCUGCUCUACACCUUGCUUCCAUACCGGAUUUGCGUGGACACAGCCGAGGGGCCAGCCAGCCUCAUCUUUUCCUCCAGCAGCUGUUAUGAAGGCAACACAGACACCUUUUGCUGCAGGGACAGCCUGCUUGAGGCCUCAUCACAGAGGGUCUGGGGCUGCCAGCCAAGGUGAAUCAAGGGCCAGGCCAUGAACAGUUCCCAGGGCAUGGACUUGCAGCUGCUUCUCCUGCCCACCGCCUGGGGCGGCACGCAGCCUAAGCAGGGCACCAUUUCCCCAGCACUGGGCCAGGCUGGAGCCCACCUGAAGGGCAGAUGAGCAACACAGCAGAGGCAUGCCAAGCAGCAUCGCCUUCCCUGGAUUGCCUCUGCUGACACGCUUGUGGGCUGUGCAUGGUAACAGGGAAAGCUGACAAUUUUAGGAAUGGAUCAGGGCGCAGAGCAGGCAGCAGAGGUGCAAACAACCCAGCUGUGCAAAUCAGCUGAGACAUUGUUAUCAGCGUUACUAGGGUCCUGUCACCAGGCGUACCAGCCCCCAGCCUACCUUCCACUCCUCAGCUCACAAGAGUUAACACUUUCUCCAUCACCUCAAAACCCAGAUUUGUAUCAGAGGGAACAGGAACCAUCGCAUUUCAAAAUGCAGCUCUGUAGUCACUACUAGGAGCGAUGCAGCCUUCCGGAACGCACAGCCAUGUCUGCCUCUCCAUUCCUGCAGAUCUCCAGCUGUCACCAGCAUCACACCAAAAACCACGUGGCUUUCUCCUGUGCCAACUGCGAGCAGAUCACCUCCACUCCACUUCUGGACCAAACACAUUACUUACACUGAUGUUUACCACAAGAAGGAAGAUGCUUGCUUCCCCCCCCACCACCACCUUUUUUUUUUUAUACAAGAGCUGUGUAUUUAAAAAAUAUAUGCUUUUUAUUUUUAAUUUCCAUACCAUAACCCUGAAGGAUAUUUUGUAAUGAACGGCACAGGAUCCUACCCAAACCAAUCAAUAAACCUCCAAACUACUGCACUGAC